CUGAAGGGAAGGGAGGGCGAGGCGAUGGCGGCGCCGGCGGCAACGGCCUCACAGCAGCGCCAGCUCAGCCGCAGGGCGCUCCUUUUGGUAUGCCCCCCACUGUUGCUCCUCCUUCUCCCCUCAGGGGUGGCCCCUGGAAGUCCAUGUUUUAUGAAUAAAAUGUGCCGUUUAAGGAGACGAACCAUACACUUGAACAGAGAAAUUAGAGAUAUAUUGCCAGAUUCAGAGGCUCAGUAUGAAACUAUUACAUCUAUCCCAGAAGCUCAAGAAACUUCUCUUCAAAUAUUUGGAAAAGAAGAAAGAACUGCUGCAGUAUACAUUCCUAUUUAUUCAAAUCAUUUAAUUCUUAAUUGUUUGACUGAAAAACUAUUAAUGCAGAGAAUCUUUGAUCCAGUAUACCAGUGGACUGGUCCUCUAGGACAAAUAACUAAAGAAUCACAAAGAUUUGUUUUAACUGAUGAUGGCAACUUGGAGCUCUAUAAUAUUCAGGGCAGUGAUUCUGGAGGUUUUACAUGCAAAGUGAACUAUAUGUAUAAUGGUGAACAACUGACUACAGAAAUCAAUUUUAUGGUCUAUGUUUAUCAUAUGCCAGAGAAGAGUAUAAAUCUGUUAUCUGAAUUCACAUCUGAAAGUUGUGAAAACAAUAUAGUUGCUUCAUUUGAAAAAUAUCUGUUAGAGAAAUUGGAAAGCUUAGUCAACAACCUGGGGUGUGAGAUCCAGCAGUGGAGUACACAGUGCCAUUCUUCCACAGACUCACUGGAAAAGAUUACACACAGGAUUACCUUUCAGUUUGUUGUGUUUCCUUUAGUACUGACUGUAGCAGAUUUCUGUAGGAGUUCUCAAUGUGAAAAUUCCACCAGCAAUAUCAAAAAGGCAUAUGCGAGGAUCAAACAGUUCUUUGACGUCCAAAAUACCGACUCUUCUCCCAGUAAUAGUUUGAAUUACAUUUCUGGCUCUCUGACUGGUGUCAAAGUAGACCACUGUAAACCAGGAUUUGGGAAAAAUGUAAUAACCAUAAACAACAAUACAAUGUGUCCAGGAUGUUGUGUAACAUGCCCCCCAGGUAGAUUCAGUGCUAAAUAUGAUACUACCUGUACUCUCUGCGCUGCUGGAUCUUACAAUGAAAGGUAUGGCCAAACAGCAUGCAAUAAUUGUCCAGAUGGAGAGAGUAGUGAUGAAAAAGGUGCGAGAAUAGAAGGAAAAUGUCACAGAAUUCUGUCAAUGUGGAUUGUUCUUUUAAUAUCUUCAGGAGCAACCAGUCUUAUUCUAGUGACAAUUUGGCUGAUCAUAACUAAAUGCUGCAGGAAAACAAUAGCAGCCCAAUACAUCAAAGAGGCAGAAUCUGAACUUAAGAAGAGGCUGCAAACAUUUGCAAAUAUUGCAAGUGAUGCAGAAAUUCAAAAGCAAAGAAGUAAAUUAAGUCCUAUCAAAGUGCAAAGGAAAGAUCAAUCAAAAUACAAAGUAGAUUUUUUAGAAGAAUCCGUGGGAUUAUUAAGCAAUGAUGAAGUGACAGAACCAUCUACAACUACUGGUGCAAGUCCAACACCUGACCAAACAGGAGCAAGUGAAUUAGAAACAAGCUUUGAAGACCAGCCAUCACCCAUUUUGGGAAAUGAUUUUAUUCCAAAGGACUUGCCAUCCAAUCAGCAAAAAUUAGUUGACAUAAUGAAGCACAACCCGUCCUAGUUGCUGUGAGUGAGAUUCUGCAAAACUUUGCAUGAAUCUGCAGUUGGGAGGAGGAAGGUUGAAUUGUGUCUUAAAAGAGUACAUGUAAGAAAUCUGGAAAUUAAGUUCACUUAAUAGUUGCAAAUGGGGGCAACCUCAGAGUCUCUCUCCUUCAACUGCCUCUUGUAGCUUUUGCUUCAUGGAGGGUACCAAAACAUCUGAUAUAUUGCCUAAAAACGCUGUGCAUUUACACUGUGCUGUAUGGUUGAUUGUUUGCAAACUGUCCAGAUUGGAACUAAGCUUACUUUGCAGGAAAACUCUGUGGAGCCAAAAUAGAUAAAAGAUCAAAAGUGUUGCUUUAAACUGCUGUCUUUUCUAGGCUAAUUAAAACUGCAGUAAUCUGUGUACAAAAAUGAUGAAUAUAUAUAUACUGCUUUUAAACAACAGUCUCAAAAGCAGUUCACAUGGAUAUAAAUAAAUAAAUGUAUCAUCUUCUUA